AUGAAGUCUUCUUUUCUCGUUACAUUCCUGUUGGCUGCAGCUGUCUGCUCACACGGCCUUGAGGAGGUGAAGGACUCCAACGGAAAUCCCGUUAGGGUCGGUGCACAAUACUUCAUCCAGCCCGUUAAGAGCAACGGGGGAGGUCUUGUUCCAGCUUCCACUGUUAUAGAUCGGCUUUGUCCACUUGGCAUCAGCCAAACACUUCUUCCCUACCAAACGGGCGUGCCGGUUAGCUUCGGAUAUCAUCCAAACAUUCUCGGCCGAUACACCAUUGACACAUCCAGUGCCGGUUCUGAGAUAUUGCGGGUCCAAUGCGAAACUAAAAAUAUUUGGACCUUAAAUGAUAGCUAA